AUGAUUUUAAGAAAUCGCAUUUCUAAAUUUUUAAAAACUGGGAGUAAUCUAAGCUAGAAGAAGAAGAUAGAACUUCUAUCCUCAACCUUUCAUCAUUGCUAAUUUACUUCUUUCUAAAUCUCUAAUCAAUUGCGAUUCUUUUCUACUUCUUCCUAACCAAAUGAUUAAAAUUAAUCCUCUACCACCUCAUCUUCUUCAGAAAACAUAUCAUAAGUAGCUAAAUCUACAAUUUUGAAUCAUGAGGAUGAUAAUAAUUUUCUUUCAAAUCAUAAUAUCAAAGAAAAAGAAGAAAACAAUAAAAAUAAAAAAAUAUUUGAUUUAACUCCUGAGUUGAAAUUUAACGUAGAGAACAAAGACUUGCUGGUUGAUGACUAUACUAAUAGUCCAACUCAUUUAAAAUUUUCAUCUGGUUCAGAUAGAGUUGAUGAUGAAUCAACUAAUUUAGCCUUAUAAGGAUUUUAUUAAAAUGAAAAUGGACUCUCAAUUAACUAAAAAAGUGAGCUAUAACUUAAAGAUAAUCCUCUUGCUCUUAAAGUUCUCACAGAAGGAAAGAUAGAUAUUAGAGAUGAUAGAAUCAUAGUAAAUAAGUUAAAUACGUCAGACACUUCCCUUUUAGGAAAUGUAGAGGGUCUCCACUAGAUUUCAUUAGGAACUGUAGAUGUAUUACCAUAAAACUCUAUUCUUUUAGAGGAUAUUGAUGUCAAUAAUAUCCCUUAAGAUAAGGACAUAGUAAUAGAAAAAAAUACAAAAGUUUUGCUAGCUGUUGGCAAAAAGGUUUAAAAGAAAAAGUAAAGAUUGACAUCAGUAGAUUCAUCAGAACAAGAUUCUCAAGAUAAAAUUGAUUAAGAAGAAGAUACAACUCAAAAAAAUUCUAGAAAUAAAUACGAACUGAGUGUAAAUAAAAAAAUAUUUGAAGAGCUUUCAUUAGAAGAAUAUAAGGGUAAAUACUUAUGGAAUUUUGAAAAAGAUUUAGUUACUUUUGACUUCAGUAUGUUAAUGCGUUCAUUUUUAGGAGGAAUACCACUAGUGAUAGUUACUGUAUUUUUAUUAGAUACUUUGUUUGAGCUAUAUAAAUGCAAAAGAGAUAUUACUUUAAUGGAGGAGUAGUUGAUUAAUCCUUACAUAAACCUGAGAAGAAAGUUUUAAGCUGAUAUUUUACUUAAUGAUCCUUUAUUUGAUAGAAGGACACUCUUUCCAUAAGAAUUUAACCAAAUGAGUAGAAUUUAAAAAUGA